AUGGCAGCAAAUAAGCCACAGCAUGCCGAGCACGCUGAUCGUCGUGGUGCGAGGGGCCUGAAGCGAAGCGCAGACCUUAUGCUUGAUGGCCCCAAAGACGACAGCUCCAGCGACGAGGAGGAUGUGUUGCUCUUCGGCCCACAGCCGCACAAGUCGGCUCGCAUCGACACAGACCAUCCGCUUCAGGCACGCGUGCCAAAUUUGGUGACUUUGGGCCUCCAGGCGUGGGAAAAAGAGAAGGCAGCAACUGGUUCCGACGCAAGCACGGGGUCAUAUUCUAGGACGCCUGCACAGCGAGUGCCGAAGAAGAUUCUCGAAGCACUCUCGCAGAACAUCCGCCGGCUCCAGUGUGUGGAGCAUGCCAGCUCGGACGGAGCGAGUCGCUCUGGCUGUGACGAUUCCGCCGAGGCGUACACGGCCAAGUCCGACCCCGAGAGGCCCGACACGGUCGUCAUCUCAGCCAAGCACGGGACGGCGCCAUUCGACCUCAUGGCGUGUCCUUACUACAGGUACGACCCAAAGCGGUCCCACAGGUGCGGGUGGGACCUGGAGAUGGGCAACACGCGCAUGGUCAGACAGCAUCUCAUCGUCGACCACCGCGUGCCGAACCAUUGUCCGAGGUGCUAUGAGAAGUUCGGCAGCGAAGUGGCCCGCAAUCAGCACGUCGCGCUCCGGACUUGCGAUCUCCGUGAUCCGCCAGCGGGCUUGCUCGUAGGCGUGUCGGAGGACCAGACACAGGAGCUCUUGCGGUGCGGCCGCCGAAUGCCGAGGGCCUCGCGGGGGCGACAGAACGCGAAAACAAAGGAUGGGAGGGCGAAUCUCGGGCGGAGCGACUCUAGGGUCAGGCUCAGCGAGGAGGACAAAUGGCACGUCAUCUGGAAGGUUCUCUUCCCCGAGACGCCGUGCCCCCGGCGGGCUUACCUGUCGGCACCUGCGGAGCGCGAGGCGGCGGCCCUGCGGCGUUUCUGGAGGAGAGCCGGCCCUGGGCUGGUGGCGGACGACUUGGCUGGCCAGGAGCUUCUGAGGUGGGAGGACACGCGCGAGGAGGCGACACUGGCGGCGCUGCAUGGGUCAGUGCUAGCCGGCAUGAUGGACAGGUCGGGGCUGGUGGUGCGGAUGAUUGAUUGCACCGUCACGGAGGGGAGGCAACAAAAUUGUGCUUGA